CAGUAACGAAGUGAACUAUCUUUACUAUUCACAGCCUGGUCUUAGCUUGCUGCUCUCUCUUGUCAACUAUGCUAACUAGAAGGUUUAUGAAGCCUCAUCUUUUGGGGUUGAGGAAUGUUUUAUUGCGGGGACAGUUGCUGUCUGCGGCCCCUGUCAGGCUGCAGUAUGACAGAUCCCAGCAGUUCAAGCAGUCUGUCCUCUCAGUCCGCCCAGAGACCUCCAGUGCCAAGACCCUGAUGGACAUUGGGACCCGCCGGAUCUUCAAUGAGGACUAUGAUCUCUUCAGGCAAAAUGUCCGGCGCUUCUUUCAAGAGGAAGUGGUUCCACACCACAAGGAGUGGGAGAAGGCAGGCCAGGUAAGCAGGGAAGUGUGGGAGAAGGCUGGUGAGCAAGGCCUGCUGGGAGUAAUGAUACCAGAAGAGCACGGUGGUGUUGGAGGAGACCUGUUUUCUGCGGCUGUCGUGUGGGAGGAGCAAAUGUACUGUAACUGUUCAGGCCCGGGGUUUGCCUUGCACUCAGACAUCGUUAUGCCCUACAUUGUCAACUAUGGUAGCAAGGAGCAGAUUGAACGCUUCAUCCCCAAGAUGACUGCUGGGAAAUGCAUUGGUGCUAUUGCCAUGACAGAGCCAGGAGCAGGCAGCGAUCUGCAGGGUGUCAGGACGUACGCCAAGAGGGAUGGCAGUGACUGGAUCCUCAGUGGCAACAAGGUGUUUAUCACAAAUGGUUGGCUGUCCGACCUGGUGGUGGUAGUGACCGUGACCAACCGUGAGGCAAAAACAGCUGCACACGGCAUCAGUCUGUUCCUGGUGGAAGACGGCAUGAAGGGCUUCCAGAAGGGACGCAAGUUGGAGAAGAUUGGUCUGAAGGCUCAGGACACAGCUGAACUGUUUUUUGAGGAUGUCCGGCUCCCAGCUGACGCUCUCUUGGGGGAAGUCAACAAGGGUUUCUACUACCUGAUGAAUGAACUGGCACAGGAGCGUCUUUUGAUUGCUGACAUGGCCAUAGCGAGCUGUGAGUUCAUGUUUGAGGAAACCAGGAACUAUGUGCUGCAGAGGAAGGUGUUUGGCAAGACAGUGGCUCACCUACAGACUGUGCAGCACAAACUGGCAGAGCUGAAGACUGACAUCUGUGUGGGCCGUGCCUUCUUGGAUAACUGCCUUCAGGUUCAUGCAGAGAAACGCCUGGACCACGCCACGGCUUCCAUGGCCAAGUUUUGGGCGACUGACCUCCAGAACAAAGUGGCCACUCAGUGCCUGCAGCUCCACGGAGGCUGGGGCUACAUGUGGGAAUACCCCAUCGCAAAGGCGUUUGUGGACUCCCGUGUUCAGCCCAUUUAUGGAGGCACCAAUGAGAUCAUGAAAGAGCUUAUUGCCCGCAGCAUUGUCGGCCAGAAAUGAAAACCCAACAAAUCCUCCCUGAGCAGCACUUGGCGACA